AUGCAACUUGAAUUUCGAGAGACACUUGGGGAAAGGAUCAAUAAACAUUCAAGAGAAUGGUUGAAAGAAUUUAAAUUACAAGCAGAAAUGGGCGACGUUGAUGGAAUGAUAUGAUAUGCAAAACUUCUAUUUAAGGGAAAUAAAAGAAGACCACCUGAUGCGCCACAUGCAAUCUAUUGACUGCGAAAGGCUGCACGAACUAACCAUGAGGCAGCUUUCAGGGUUGCAAAAAUAUUUUUAAAAGGAAAAUACGUGAAAUCAGACCCAGAAAAAGCUUAUUUGUACUUUAGGAUCGCUUCUUUAUCUAGAUGUAAGUGCGGAAAAUAUUCAGAAGAGUUACAUUCGAAAAGAAUAUCAAAUGUGCACAGUUGCAUUCAUAAUGAGUCAUUAGAAGCAAUAAAAUCAAUGAAAUUAAGCGAUGCCGAUAUUAGCAGAUAUGAAGUUAAAUUCAUUUCUUGGAAAAAUGACAAUUUAAAAUAA